GCGCCACGUCAGUUAGAAGGAGAAGACACAUGCAUCUGUUCUGUUCGCUCUGGGCAGAAAGUGGAGCGAUGGACGAUAUGGAACAUUUUGGCACACCUGAUCGGAUGGAAACUCCUGCGACGCUGGAAGGCAACUUCAACGCAACGAACGACACCUAUGAACCACAAGGAACGAGCGAUAAAUGUUACGCUAUACUGGGUCUGGUGUUAGUCUUCGUACUCUUGCUGGCCAUGGCAGCAGCGGUCUGGGUCAUCACGCAAAGCAAAGGAAAAACAUCUGAUGACGACACUGUUUCCCCAUCAGCUGGACACAUCACGCUCCCAAAAUUCACACCCGAACUUAAAUUUCCCGCGAAUGACUACGAAGACUACGAAGACAAAGAAAGUAUUCCGGGAACAUCAGAGCGUUCACUGCCAACGACGACGACGACGACAUCGACGACGACAUCGACGACAUCGACGACGACAUCGACGACGACAUCGACGACGACAUCCCCCAGACCUGGCGACGACGAGUCUGUGAAGAUAUGCGAAACAAAAGAUUGCCGCACAAUCCGCCGGUUAAUCGAAGACGCUGUGGACAUGGACAGAGAUCCCUGCGAUAAUUUCUACGCUUUCGUAUGCGGACGAAUCAAGCAGCUGAGGUAUCGCUUGUACAAGGAGGGUGGCGUCAUCAAUUAUUUCGCUGGGAAAAAUCUCCUCGCCAUACAGAAAAGUUUGGAAGAAGCUAGAAUCCCGGGGAGCGGGCAAACCGGAUUCGAAAAAUCUGCGGCACUCUAUCAGCACUGCAUAGAAGCAGAGGAAACGACGUCUGCGACUGUCGCAAAAGAUUUCCUGACGCGGCGCGGACUAACUAUUCAUGAUACCGGAAACGUGCCAUUUCGACCAGUGGACGUUAUGGUAGAAUUUAUAUUUGAAAUUGAUAUUCCACUAAUACUUGAAGUCAUACCGAGAGAGCGGGAGCCGCCGGUGCUUCAAUACAGUGAAAUGGCUUAUGGCUGGGCGGUCCAGACGCGGAACCGGUCGGAAGGAGUGUCUACCGUACUAUCAGCAAUAUACUCGACGCACAUCGACGACAUCCUCGUUAAAAAUGUUACGGAUGCUGAGGAUAAGGUAUGGUACAAGCCGCUGUACAGGGGCAAUAAUGUGGUGUUGCUAAAGAAGCUCUGGGAUCUCUUCCUCGAUGACGACGCUCUGUCGUCAGACUGGCAAACAUCUCUUCAACGGCAUACAUCCACUGGGAUACAGAACAUGGAAGUAAAUGUCCUAGACAACACAAUUAUAUUUGUCCAACUACUAUUCGGAAAAAACGCAACAGUCACAGAACAUGAAAUGCGCUUGUACUUCUCUUGGAAAUGUGCAUCUUACCUGUACUUUGCCUCGUUAUUCAGCAUUAAGGAAGACUAUGCCGGUCAGUGCCUGGCAAUGACCUUGGGUGCUUUUGAGCACGCCGCUGGCUCUCGAGUGAUGUUCGCAGCGCUGACCAACGAAAGGACUGAGGCCAUCAAGAUGAUGACUGACAGUAUCAUCGACGAACUUAAGAAUUCAUUCAGAAACUCCUCGUGGCUGGACGACGAAGCCCGCGAAGGGGCUGUGGAAAAGAUCUCUUUGAUGAAGUUUAAUUUCGGCUUCCUGCCGAGAUUCAAGACGAAGGAAAAAAUCGAUUCAUUCUACACGGACCUCUCCGACCUCAAGGGACCUUUCCUCUCUGACUGGUUGAACGUCAAAAGGCACUCGACCAAAACGCUCUGGAAAGGUGUUGAGACUGGUUACGCGGAGUACGCUCGUGAAACCGUCGCUAUAGUCCCGCACAACCUACCAAAUGGCGUGUACUAUGCGUCACGGAAUGUGGUUACACUAACUGGGCAAUUCAUGAUGAUGCCGUUCUUUAUUCCUGAAGCUCCGCCAGAGGUUAACUAUGGCGCACUGGGCUUCGGUAUCACGCAUGAAAUGAUGCACGGCUUUGACAACCUUGGUCAAUACUUCGACGGCAAUGGCGUUCAGACACCGUGGUUUGAAAAGAGCCGCAAUGAGUUUCAAUACCGGACCUUUUGCCUCGAGAAUAAAAUCGAGCAUGCUCCGAAAGCCAGGUAUGAUUAUCGCGAAUACAUUUACGAAUAUCAGGCAGACAACCUUGGGUCUAUGUCCCUCUUGAGGGCGUACCAGAAUGCUGCGAAGAAGUCAAAUGUAUCUCUAGGGAACGUAAAAGGCUUGACACGGGAUCAAGUGUUUUACGUUGCCGGUUCGCUCAUGUGGUGCGACAAUGAUCCUGAUCCGUCCACCUACACGGGUCAUCCACCGAAUGAUGAGAGGAGGAACGUACCUUACAUGAACUCUGUUCACUUCAGCAAAACUUUCUCUUGCCGUGAAAAUUCACCAAUGAAUCCAACGGAGAAAUGCGUCUUCUGGUAAUCCCUGGAACGGACGUACAUCAUGUGGAGGGCAGUUCAUUAAAAAGUAGAUCAACA